GCAACGCCGCAAUCUCGGCACGGCCGGGGCAAAGGUUGGCCGGGCGGGACCUUGGCCACCGGCACCGCGGGUGCCACCGGCGCCCCGUGGCUAUGGCGGUGCUGGCGACCCUCGCGGCGGCCCUGGCCGGGCUGCUCCUGCUGCUGGUGCUGGUGCCGGCAGCCACAGCCCAGCUGGUGCCCUUCCUCUGGGACGACCUGGUGGCCUUCGGCACCAUGGUGAGGUCAGCGCUGCGCUGCCGCCGCCGCCUGUCCCGCCGUCCCGCCGUCACCCUGCUCGACGUGUUCCAGCUGCACGCCCGGCGCCGGCCCCACCAGCCCCUGCUGCGCUUCCAGGAUGAGAUUUACACCUACGAGGACAUGGACCGGCGCAGCAACCGCGCGGCCUGGGCCCUGUCCCGGCACCUAGGGCUGGAGAGCGGCCGCACGGUCGCCGUGUUCCUGCCCAACGAGCCCACCUACGUGUGGACAUGGCUGGCGCUGGCCAAGCUGGGCUGUCCCAUGGCCUGUCUCAACUGCAACGUGCGGGGCCGGGCGCUGCGGCACGCGCUGGAGGCCGCCCAGGCCACCCUGGUCCUCGCCAGCCCUGAGCUCCGGGAGGCCGUGGAGGAGGUGCUGCCAGACCUGGAGCGUGACGGCGUCCGCGUGUUCUACCUGAGCUCGGCGUCACCCACGCCAGGGGUCGAGGCGCUGCUCCCCACCAUCGAGGCGGCCCCCGAUGAGCCUCUGCCCGCCCGGCACCGCGCCAGUGUCACCGCCAACUCCAAGGCCAUGUACAUCUACACCUCCGGCACCACCGGGCUGCCCAAGGCCGCGGUGAUCACGGAGCUGAAGAUGAUGAUGGUGGCCAGCCUGGGCUGGAUGUGUGGCCUGCGGCCUGACGAUGUCGUCUACACGACGCUGCCGCUCUACCACUCGGCUGGGCUGCUCGUCGGGGUUGGGGGGUGCCUCGAGGUCGGAGCCACCUGCGUCCUGCGGGCCAAGUUCUCGGCAUCCCAGUUCUGGGCCGACUGCCGGCGCUACAACGUCUCUGUCAUCCAGUACGUGGGCGAGCUCAUGCGCUACCUGUGCAAUACGCCCAAGCGCGCCAAUGACCGGGAGCACGGUGUGCGCAUGGCUCUGGGUAAUGGCAUGAGGGCGGAGGUGUGGAAGGAGUUCCUGCGGCGCUUUGGGCCCGUGGCCGUCUGGGAGUUCUAUGGGGCCACCGAGGGCAACGCCGGUUUCAUCAACUACACUGGGAAGGUCGGGGCCGUGGGCAGGGCCAACACAUUCAUCAAGCUCUUCGCUCCCUUCGAGCUGAUCAGGUACAACGUGGAGGAGGACGAGCCCGUGCGCGAUGAGCGAGGUCUCUGCAUCCCUGUCAAAGCCGGUGAGACGGGGCUGCUGGUGGUCAAAAUCACCAAGAACACCCCGUUCCAUGGCUACGCUGGCGACUCCCAGAAGACAGAGAACAAGAUCCUGAGGGACGUCUUGGCCAAAGGCGAUGUCUUCUUCAACAGCGGCGACCUCCUCAUGAUGGACCACGAGAAGUUCAUCUACUUCCAGGACCGCGUCGGGGAUACUUUCCGUUGGAAAGGGGAGAACGUGGCCACAACAGAGGUGGAGGCCACGCUGGCCUUGGUGAGCUUCAUCCAGGAGGUCAACGUCUACGGUGUGGCUGUGCCAGGGUGUGAGGGACGCUGUGGCAUGGCCGCCGUGCGCCUCAAGGAUGGGGCCACCUUCGAUGGUGACAAACUCUACACCUUCACGCGGGACACGCUGCCCGCCUACGCCGCCCCCCAAUUCAUCCGGAUCCAGGACGCUCUGGAGAUCACGGGGACAUUCAAGCAGUGCAAGAGCAACCUGGUCAAGGAAGGCUUUGACCCCAGUGUCAUCCGGGACCGCCUGUUCUUCCGCGACAACGCCCGGAAAUCCUACGUGCCGCUGACCCCCGACACCUUCGCCGCCAUCCGGGACAUGAAGCUCAGUCUGUAGCGGCUCUUCUGGGGGCUCCACAGUGGCCCCAGGGCACUGACAGCCUCGGGGUAAUUAGCAAAGGCUAAUUUGGGGCUAAUCAAGCACUUUGGGUUUCCUUCAGGGAGGUUUUAACCAGGUCGGAGCGUGAGGAGGGCAAUGGGUUGCUGUUAUCCCGCCCCAGCGCCUCCAUGCUGUGGAAAUUAAACCCUUAAUUCCCA